GCGGUCAGCGGGUCAACCGGUCAGCGAUAUUCGGUCAAGAAUCUGUUGUAAUCAGUGUGCGAAAUCGGAUCCGGCAACUCUUCAGAAGUUGUGACCCGUUUCUACAAAACCACCAACGGCGCCGGGGCCGGGAUGCGGUUUCUCUCCGGGAUCCCCGCCUCCGCUUCCGGAGCAUCUACGCGCCUCGCGUUCCCGCGAAUCUCGUUCGGCCGGUUGAGCCCUAGAAGAAUGGCGGCGACCGGUCCCGCUUGCAGCGCCGCCGAUGCUUCCUAUUCCUCUUCUGCAGCCGCCGCUGCCGGCGGGGACCAGAAGCCCUGGCUGUUUGUCGGGCUCGGGAACCCCGGCAGGAUGUACAAGGGGACCCGCCACAACGUUGGGUUUGAGAUGAUUGAUGCUAUUGCCGAAGCUGAGGGGAUCUCUAUCAGCAAUAGACAGUUCAAGGCAAUGGUUGGGAAAGGCCUUAUUGGUGAUGUCCCUGUAAUGCUGGCCAAGCCGCAGACUUUUAUGAAUGCAAGUGGUGAGUCUGUUGGCAUGCUGGUUUCAUAUUUCAAGAUACCGCUCAAUCAAGUUGUUGUGAUCUACGAUGAUCUAGACUUACCCUUUGCGAAAUUACAUCUACUGCCAAAGGGGGGACAUGGUGGACAUAAUGGGAUGAGAAGCGUCAUUCACCAUUUCAAAAACACCCGUGAUUUCCCACGUCUAAGGAUUGGCAUCGGACGACCAACUGGAAUGUUGGGUGCCAUCAAUUUUGUUCUGCGCUCAUUCAGCCAGCAAGAACAAGAAGAGCUCAAUUCUACAUUCUGCAAGGGCUUGCAAGCGGUACGGAUAAUGUUACUCGAAGGAUUCAACAAGAGUGCAACCUUUGUGAACACUCCACCACCAGCAGAAAUGUUGAUUAAAUGAAAAUAGUCUGACAUAAACAGCGCAGAGAUUACAUUAGUUGUUCUGGCCAGAAAUCAUUCAGGCAGUUGCACAAAGCACUAGGACCAUUGUCCUGGAGUAUAUAUGUAUCCUGAUUCUAGAUUGAUUUGUAGAGGCGCUCAAUGGAGCUGUACAGGAUUAUUCCCAGAACAAGGUCCAGACAGCAUACUGCUCAGCCUAAGCCCUGGCUUUCUGACCAAUGUUGGUUUUUUGAACGAUUUCAUGAACUGAUCUUUGUUCCAAUUUGGGUGGCAUCAUAACGACUUCGUAAUACAAAUUUUUGCUGUGUG